GGGGCGGGCCGCGGCUCGGUGGCGGGCGGGCCGGGAGCGGAGCCCGUCGCCGCCUUCCGGGGCGAGCACUGCAGCAGCGGCUCGCGCAGGCCCGGGCGCUCUUCCCGGCGGCUCCCAGAGGUGGGCACGAGCCGGUGGUGAGACGCAGGGGAAACGGGCAGGCGCCUUCCCAGCCCCAGCCUGGCAUUCCUGGACAGUGGCAGCCGCCCCCAGGGGGCCAGGUCCCUGAGCUCUGAAGCCGAGGCUGUGCGAUCCGAAGGAAGGCCCUUGAGCCGAUGGUCUGUCACAGGAAGCCAAGCCGACCAGGGCCUUGCAGGCCGCUCCCUCGGGCUCUGCUACCUCAGGGCGGUAGGUAGCCCCGAGGGCAAGUCCGGGAGUGGAUAAAGCUAGGAAGAAGUACCAUGGAAGUGCAGAAGCUGUUCCCCGGCACCGGCACUGGCACCGGCCCCACGCCCAAGCCCGACCAGGAGGCCCCAUGGACAGCAGUGAAGAGGGAAUGCUGGUGGCAGGCCUGGGCGGAGAAGCCAGUCACCUUGGAGGACGUGGCUGUGCGCUUCACCCCGGAGGAGUGGGCGUGUCUGGACGCCCGUCAGAGGGCCCUCUACCAGGACGUCAUGUCCGAGACCUUCAAAACCCUGGUGUCUGUGGCUAGAACCGCUCUGACUAAUCCGGAUCUGGUCUCGGAGCUGGAACAAGAAGUGAAGCGGUGGAGAGCAGCCCUCCUCCCGCCGCGGGGGGGAGGCCGCCCUGCAGGAGGCGAGGAGCAGCCCCUGGGCGGGCCCCCAGUGCUCCCGGCACCCGCACCCGCGGCUGGGCCCCCCUUCCCCUGCCCCGUCUGCGGCAGGUGCUUCAGUCAGCGCUCCAACCUCCGUUACCACCAGUUCGUCCACAGUCUGAAGGGGACGCACAGCUGCGGCCAGUGCGGGAAGUCCUUCCGGAGCCCCAAGGCCCUCAGCUGCCACCGGCGCACCCACCUCGGGGAGAGGCCCUUCCGCUGCUCCCUCUGCGACAAGACCUACUGCGACGCCUCGGGCCUGAGCCGCCACCGCCGCGUGCACCUGGGCUACCGGCCCCACUCCUGCCCCUGCUGUGGCAAGUGCUUCCGGGACCGGUCUGAGCUCAAGCGCCACCAGCGGACGCACCUGGCCCCGGGGCCGGCGGCGGGGAGCCCCGUGCCAGCCGCCGGGGUCCCACGAGCCACGCGGAGAGCCGAGGACCCCGCCGCCGCCGGGCCGCGGCCGCCCGCAGGCAGGACCCCGGUGCUCGUGGUGAGAGCUCAGGCCCCCGGGGCCACAGCCCCAGCGCCGGGGCCCCACGGCCCGAGCACCCGGCCCCAGGCUGCCCGGCCGAAGCCUCCGGGGCGCAGGGGCUUCCCCUGCCCGCGCUGCCCCCUGACCCUCGGGGCCAAGGCUUCGCUCUCCAGGCACCAGGAGGCCCACCGCGCGGAGCAGUCGCGCCGCUGCUUCUGCUGCGGCCAGGCCUUCGGCUCGCCCUCGGCGCUGCGCCGGCACCAGCGCGCCCGCUGGGAGCAGGUCUACCGCUGCCCCGUCUGCGACCUCUGCUUUGGGGAGCGGGAGGCCCUCGUGGGGCACUGGGGCAGCUACCAAGGCGAGGGGCUGUGCCGGGCGGCCCUGGGCCAGUGGCUGGGCCUCUCGCCGCGCCCGCCCUGUGGCAGGGAAGGCAGCGGGUCUCCGAGGAGCCGGGCCCCCAGGAGGUGGCCCGGGAGGAAGGGAGGAGGGACGCGGAGGAAAAGCAGCAGGCGGGGCGGCGAGGGCCUGGAACAAGAGUAAAGGCCUUUCCGAUCCAGACGUCCUCUGUUCGUCUGUUCGGUUUUCCUGGGGACGGACUGGGGCGGAGGCUGGGGCGGGAGGAAGAGGCACAGGGCGUGGCCUGGGAACUUGGCGUUAUUCGCACCAGCUGUUUCUUUGUGUCUCGCACCAUAAAGCAGGAAUUGUUGAGCGAAACGGAGGCUACUCUGAUAGGCAUGGACAUGGGAGGAAAGGGACGGGAGGGGAGCCUGAGGGACCCCUCUGCUGGCCGAGGAAGUACAGGGGGGCCUCAAAGCAGGGCGGCCAUCCGCACCUUUGUCCCCUGAUCCUCAGGACGCCCCGCUGGGCGGAGCUCCGCCAGGCGCUGGCUCUCUCCCUGUGUCCUCACUCUGCAGCGCCCUCUGCUCUUUGCUGUUUUGGACUCAUGUUCCUUCCCUUCCACCCUCCACUCAGCCGUUGGGACAGGUCAUUGCAGGUCGGCAUGCUGGGGGGCGGGGGAGGGUCAGAGGCCGCGGGGCGCUGGUGCAGCACAGGUGCCCUCUGAGGCCCAGUGCCUGCGGACUUCCGGGUGGGAGGCAGGAGGUGGAAAGAUGUAGGUACAGCCCUGGCUGGUUUGGCUCAGUGGAUAGAGCGUCGGCCUGCAGACGGAGGGGUCCCGGAUUCAAUUCCGGUCAAGGGCACAUGCCC